CAGAUAACUCAAGGGCCAAACUGAUGCCACUAGCGUUCGGUGGAAUCGGACUUGGGGUUCUUAUUGGCUACCCUAUGGGUGGAGCAGCAUAUCAAACCUUAGGAAAAACUGCACCUUUCAUCUUUAUUGCCAUCGUAAUUACCUUCAAUAUAGUGCUUCAGCUAGUCUUCCUUCAAGAAGAAGAUGAAUACGUCCACCAAUCCACUAUCGGAAGAUCAUAUGGCGAAUGUUUGGGCCUGCUGAGAGACAAUAGGAUCCUCUUGGUCACAAUAACAAUAUGUGUGUGCACUUCGACUAUGGCUAUCUUGGAACCGUGUGUACCGAUAUGGUUACUAGGGAAAAUGGAUCCACCGCCAUCAAAAUGGCAGCUGGGAGCAAUCUUUAUACCAGACAGUAUUGGCUAUUUUCUUGGGUGCAACUUCACUGGUCUUCUUCCAGCCAAACCUUGGCGUAUGGCCUUCUGCGCCUUGGUGAUGUCCGGACUAUCAUGUUGUUUUCUGCCGUUGGCAAAUACGAUAUCUCAACUAUCUCUACCCCACUUUUGUAUUGGAUUAGGAGUUGGAAUGGCAGAUGCUGCUCUGGUGCCAAUGUUGGCUUCACUAGCAGACAGAAUGGGUGCUGGUGGAGAUUAUGGCCCCAUUUAUGCUCUACAGCAAGCUUCUGUAGCCGUGGCAUACUCUUUGGGACCUCUAUUGGCUGGACAAGCAGUUCAUCUCAUUGGAUUUUUAUGGGCCAUGAGGAUUGCUGGGUUCAUUGAUUUGGUCAUGUGCCCAUUCAUGGUUGAAUUGAGCUAUGAUGAGGAUCUGGAGGACAAAAAGGUACCACUCAAAGCAACAGUUGCACCGUACUACUCUAGUACAUAAAAGUAAAAAAUUACUGCUUAAUGAAGA